ACCCAUUUUUACCCUCCGAGCCACCGAAGGUAUGAGUACGCAUAGAUUUAGAGCCGCCGCCCAUGAAAGGGACCUCCUCCUCCAAUGACGACGGAUGCUGCGGUGGCAGGACUGCACUCUCUAGACCUCAAUGCAAUUGCGAGUCGGUUUGAAUCUAUCUUCAACGCCAGAGGAUCUCCCCCUUCCCUACGUCGCUCCUCGCACCCAUCCCUGUCUUAAUAGCCCCCCGCCGCCUCGCCUCGCCUCCGCCGCCGCUCAAUCCAUAUUUCUUCGUCGCCGACAUAUUACACAUCGCACCCCAAGAACACCUAAUAUCCUGAAGAAGAAGUAGAAGUAGAGGCGAUGCUGCUCUCCAGAGAAUUGUCCCGAGUUUCCAGAGGCGGGGUCAGUAGAUUCAGAAGGCUGUUAUGUUUUCCUGCCGAGGAGCUCCAUCAUCGGCAUCACUUGGUUUCCCGCACGAGCCUCUUGUCCCCCAUAGAUGUAUCCCAAAAGGUUUCAGGUAGGAGGGAGAUUUAUGAGUGGGUUUCAGGUGCUAUGAGAAGUAUGGGGCAGCAGGUUUAUCAACAAAACAGUGUUUUAGCUGAGGAACAAUUGGAUCCAUUUUCACUAGUGGCUGAUGAAUUAUCACUUGUGGCCGACAAGCUGAGAUCGAUGGUUGUUGCAGAGGUUCCUAAACUUGCUUCAGCAGCUGAGUAUUUCUUUAAAAAAGGGGUGGAAGGAAAGAGGCUUCGACCUACGGUUGUGCUUUUGAUGGCAACAGCAUUAAAUGCACCAGUGACAAAAUCACCAACUGAGGUAACUUUUGAUUCUUCCCCCAUGGAAGUCCGCAGAAGACAACAUUGCAUAGCGGAGAUCAUUGAGAUGAUCCAUGUUGCUAGUCUACUUCAUGAUGAUGUACUGGAUGAUGCUGAAACAAGGCGGGGAAUAGGUUCGCUGAACUUUGUAAUGGGAAAUAAGGUGCACUUUGCUUCUCUCUCUUCUUUUUAUUUUUACUUAGAAAUUGAUGAACUGAUUUAAUUUGUUGCUUCUGGAUUUCACAGCUCUCAGAUUUAAUUUGACAUAUCUAUUACCAUUAAUAACUUAGUUUUACAGACCUCUUAUCCCAAUCAGAGGGUACAAUAUACCUCUACAAAAUAGAUCAACAAUUGCAUUCCUCAAGGGAUGAAACAAACAUGUCAUGACGCCAUGCCUGAAGGUCCUUCAAAAGUAACAAAGAUACCCAAUCUCCAAAGAACAUGUACUUUGAAGAAGGAAAACAGAUUCUUCAUCUUUCGACCUCUACAAAAUCUUAACCACCUUCCCAUGUUCCACAACUUUCGUACAGACAAAUAAAUGCAGGUUUGCUGUUCAAUGGACCAUAGAACAGUGAAUUUGACAAACAAAGCACAACCAAAAUGUGUGAGGGAGGAAGAAACACAACGAACUCUUGGGGUUCUUGAAGGUGUAUGACGUGCUUCUUCGAUUGAUCAAAACUCCAAGUCUUGUGAAAUCUGAAAGCUAAUAAGCCUUCCCUACCUUCUUUUCUUUUGAUUACUUGUUUGGUUGCGAUAUACCCUUAGAAUAAAAAAUUUGAAGUAUCUUCUAUUAUUUACUUCUCAAAGUGACUGAAUCAAUGUUUGAGGAUUUUGCAGCUACACCUCUUUUCUCCCAUAAACCCUCCCCUGGUCCAUUUACUAUUCAGCCCUCACUCUCUCUCCACAAACUCUUUUUUUCUCUCUAAAAACUAAAGAACUCUUAUUUACACAACCAGCUAGUUGCCCAUUCAGGAAUUCUUUGGUUUUACUAACAAUUCUCUAUCUAACAAACCGAGAUUGCCAUUUAGUCCUUUAGUACAGAGUAUUACUUUUGCUACACUUAGGGACUCUAUUUAUUUUCCUAAAAAAGGGACUCUAUUUUUAGUCACAUUUAGUUUUUCCAUUCAUUUUUCUGAUUAAAACACAUCAAAAUUGAUCAUACUUUGGUGUGUUGGAAAUAUAAUUUUCACCGUUAUUAUGCUAUUGAAAAAGCACAUCAGAGUAUGAUCAAUUUUUCACCGUUAUUGAACAAAAAGCUCUUUAUGGAUGUUACUUUUAGACCCAGUCACGGGCGUGGGCUCCUACCCAGCCCGCAAAAAGAGGGCUUGGG